AUGUCCUACGGUUCGCUAGGAGAAAGAGCGGGGCGGAGCCUUCUUUAUCUCCCUUAGUGCCGGAAAGCGCGAGUCAGGGUUUUGUUUUGUUUUUUGCGACGGGGAAGGCGGGUCGCUCGGACUUUCGAUGAGGAGGUGUUAGCGCUGCUUCGAUGGCUAGGCCUAGAAGCUGGGGUGGGUUGCCUAGCAACGCACGGACGUUCGUUGUAGUGAUGCUGUUGGAGGGCCUUGCCGGGGGUGGGGUGCUUUGCGCUCUCGGGACGCGGUGGUAGAGCCCUAAGCGGGUUGAGUGGACUGUACCACACUGCACGUGUGUGUGGGGAGGGCAUCCUUUAUUAUGAGAGGCAGCGUGCUUCAGAAAACCGGUUGCUGGGGAUCGCGAGCAGAAGAGGAGUUACAGUAUUAUGUUUUGGCUCUGCUUGUGGCCUUCCAAAGAGUCAACAAGAUGGUGGACUACUGUUAUGUUGCAUUUAUUUCCCACCUCUCCCCCUCCCCCCGCCCAAGGAGCUCAAGUUGUGCCUCUGUUUGCCUCUUUAUUUAAUCCCCACAACAACCCUGUGAGAUACACCAGAGAAAAAGCUGCAUGAAAUGAUGAACUUUCCCUGCUUAUUGGAGAACCAACUCAGAUCUCUGUAAUGUGAAUGUGAAAAGAAUGACUGAAAAUACCAAAUUUUCCCACAAUGGGGACUCUCUCCAGCAAAUGUAUGAUGAUAUGCUGGUAGAUGCCUUAUUUCUGAAAGAUAGUCAUAUUUGUGCAGCUCUUCUAAAUCCUCCUGUAUCACUGCAACACUUGUCAUCAACAAUUAGCAAAUCAUGGGCAAUGAGUCCGUUUUCUCCUAACACUGGUGCUCGGAACUCUUCUGAUCCAGCGUUUACAGCCCUCAAGACAGAUGAUGAGCCGGACACAUCUGAAAGUGUGAUUCGUUCAGUAUGCCAUUCACGAGAAAUUAUGCUGCUUCAGUUAACCUUGAUCAAGAUAAUGCUAUCCAAAAUGCAAUCCCAAGGGGUGGCAGUUGAAUCAAAACAGAAAUAUGUAGAGAUUAUUAGAAUUCUUCUGAAAGAAGCCAACAUAGACUCAAAAUUAAUUCAUCUGUUACUUAUUUCUGAUAAACAACUAUCUUAUCAGGCUUCCAAAACUUUGGUCUUCCUUGUGCAUUUUCAACUAACAGAAGAGGGUUCCCUGAACAGCGCCUGGUUUGCUUUUUGUUCAGAGACUUUGUCUGGGUUUCCCAAGAGCAGUCAUGUAGCGGAAUGCCUGUGGACUCUUACAAACGUGAUCAGUGAAAUUUUAAAAGAUGAAGGAUUGUGCAAAGGAGGUGGGCUACAGAAGAUUCUUACUUCUCUUGACAAUGUGCUUGAAGACUUUUACAACCGCAUUCCAUCUUCUUAUUCUGAGAUUGCCCAAGAUAGCCCAGUAUCUGCAAAAGCCACAAAUGACUUGAGCAGCUUUCUGGACCUCCUUGAACUACUUGUGGCCUCCAGAACUCAGGCACCACUGAACCUUGUCUGUCAAAGGAUGUUGCUUUUGAACGUUUCAUGCGUGUUGGGUCUUGUCACUUCACCCGUUCAUGAUUUAAUCAAGAAGAAAGCUAUCGUGCUGCUCAAGAAAUGUGUUCUUCACAAGGCUGGUGAAGACCUAAUCAAAGGAAAGGUGCCUUCUUUCUCCCACCCCAACCUGCAUUUUGACAAGGACAGAUUAGUGUUUGCUGAUGUUGUUCUGCAGUUUGUAGCUACUGGGUGGCUGAAUCGUUUUACCCUUAGUGAAAAGGCGAGCCACUAUGGAGGCAGUCAGGUGAAGCCAGAAGUGGGUUUUUGUUACAGUCCUGCUCAAGUGACCCUAAGAGCCCUAAGCUUGGUUUUGCUUAAAGCUUUAGAGGUUAAGAUAACAGAUUCUGCAUCUGAAGCCGAAGCCCGAGUUCAUCUGGAGAGUAUUAUGCACCCACUGCUGGUAUUCUUAAAGAGCCACGUGUGGUCAUCUCACGCAUCUGAACAUCCUUGCGCAUGGCUCUCUGCACUGUUCAUAGAACAAGACGACGACAUGUUGGAAGCUGCGAAAACUUUAUUAACAGUUCAUUUAAAGUUUGAAAGGUUCUGGCAUAAAGCUGGUCUUUCCUUGUGUCAUUCUGAUGAUGGAACCUGGACUGCUUUUACACAUCAGAAUGGCUGUAAUCCCCAUUGUAUCUUCUUAUUUCUGCUGAAAAGUAUUUCAUUUGAUGCCACAGUUCUACUUGAUUUCUUGAUUUCAUCUGAAACCUGCUUCUUGGAAUAUUUUGUAAGAUACUUAAAGCUUCUUGUACAAGACUGGGACCAUUUUGUCAAGAUUUCUAAAUACUUCAAGACCACCUCUAAUGGAGAGCUCAGCUUUUCUAUGGUGAACUUCUCCUGCCAAGAAAAAAGUGCCUACCGGCUAGACUCAAAUUUGCAGGAUGCUUCAUAUGAUCCCCCAUCCGGUAUUGAUAUCCUUUCAACCUCUUUCCCAAAUUUGUCUGCACUGUGGCAUACUGACAGUAAAGCUGCAAAACCCAGCAGGUCUAACCUUUUGCAAGAGUCUGAUAAUACGUCUUCAGUGAGAGCCCUUCAAAGGCUGGUGGACUAUGAAAGCUCAGAAGAUUCGGAAGUGGAAUCGAUAGAAGAGGAGAGUUUGGCAGACAUGAGGCAGACGCCUUUAGAUCGAGCUUGUGCAGAAGUCACUGGCCUUAUGGAUGUGGGUGGCCAGACAGAACGAUGUGUGUUGCUUCGGGAUACUUUGGAUACUUCCUCACCUUUUCACUCCACAAUUUUGCUAAAUAAACUUGGAUCAGAAGAAGGGGUGCUUCAAAAAUCAGUGAAGUGUUUACAACAAGUGCAUGAGUCGGUUUCUAGACUACACAGAAGGAACCUCUUUCCGUACAAUCCAAGUGCACUCCUGAAGCUCUUGACUUCUGUUGACACUAUUAGUAGCGAGCACAGAUCUGCUUCAAAGCCGUUCAAAGUCUAAGGAUCUGCAGUGCCCACCCCCCACCUUCACCCCCUUACAGGUUUUCAAAUGAGUUUUUCCAGAAGCUUAAAGUUUACCAGUACCUAUGGUCAGAGGCACGUUCUUUGGGAUUUGUCUAUGGGUCAUUAAAAGCUGAUCCAACUGGCUGAGAAACGCUGACUAAUCCAUUGAUGUGUUUAAGUGUGAAAGUGUUUGACUGGAGGAUAUGGUCUUGCCUGUGGGUAUGUAUAAUUCAGCUACCGGGGGGGGGGGACUUUAAAAAAAGAAAAAAUAAUAAAAUAAAACCCUGAAUUUUAUUUUUGGUCUUCUUGGUACAGUACUCCAUCCCAAUGGAAAUGCAUAACCUUUCUCAACAGGAAUAGCAGUCACUUUUAAGAGAUAGUAUGGCAGCUGUGUCUAAAAUAAUUAAUCAGAAUCAAAGUUAAUACUUUUAUCCAGUGCUGCUGUUCUGCUUAUGCAACAGACUUCAUCCUGCACAUUGGAACUUCUCCUUCACCUCCCCCCUUGUUGCACCCUCAAAAUCUGCUCCAAAGGAUUGAGGGACCAGCCUGAGAAUUUGGAGGUGCACAGGGAACUCCUGUUGCUCAGUAUUUGAUGCAACUCAAGAGUUUCAAUCUUUUAAAUAGGUUGUGAAAUGAAAGGCAUGGGCAAAGGAUAUUACUUGUGACUGCUGCAGAAAAUCUGGAUCCUGGGAGUAUUCUGCCUCUAAUAGGCUUUUAUAACUUGUUGCCCCACAGCAAACUGAACACAGUCCACUUACCAUAUACAGUGGUACCUCUGGUUACGAACUUAAUUCAUUCCGGUGGUCCAUUCUUAACCUGAAACCUUUCUGUAACCCGAAGUGUUUGUAACCCGAGGUACCACUGUAUGAUGGCCUAGCAGGGAAUCAACGAGCCUUCUCUUUUUCACCAUGCAGGCAGCAAAAACACUGAGUGUACCAAGCAUCUGAAACAUCACAGCACUUCUAUGGGGACUGUGUUCUGCCUGGUGGGUUACCACAGGUCUGCAAAUGUUCUUCAUUUACCUGCUGCAUCUGAUAUAUAAGAACAACUUGCUUGAUACAUAACAGGCCUGCAAAAAUAGUGAUUCUCAAAGCCAAAUGUUGUCAUGAUGUCAACAUAGGUCCUUGUUCAAAUGUUAUACAUGCAUGCAAAAUGCCCAGGGUUGUGCAGUCCAUGGGAAUGUGUCCAUUACACACCAAUUUCAGGGGGAAAUGCCAAGAAAACACAGGCUUCAAUUGCAGGUUUGAAACUUACUGAGUUUCUUACAAAACAUUGGGCAAGUUAGUAUAUACAGAGGUAAAUCUCUGCAAAGAUUUCAAAAGGAAAAGCCUGGACCAACAGGUUUACUUGGAGCAAGGAAGAAACAGAAACAAAUAAGAGGCAAGGAGAAUUAUUGGGAGGGGAGGGGCACUAGGACUGCAGUAGGCUGCAGUGAAGCCCUAAAUGCAAUAGGAUGAACUCUGAAUGUAGUUGGGAAACAGAACUCACUUUCUCAACUGUCACCUGGGAGCAGUGUUCUAUUAGAUUGUUCCAGUGUCAGAGAGAUAGGAAGCAAAACUUACUCCAUCAGAUGUGCUGUAACAGACCAGGUCCCUUGAGCACCUCCUACUCCUGAACUGUGCCAGCUGGUCUUUGAGAACAACUGUUUAGGAACUGGCUUGAAUUUGAUUCUCUCUUCCCCACUUCUCCCCUCCCUGACCCUUUCCCCUUAGGUUGUAAGCCUGUAGGCAGGGAGUGCCUUGUUCUAACUGACUGUACAUAAGCCAGCCUGGGAGCAUUUUUGUUGGAGGAGAAGGUACAGAUUCUGCAAACAAAUAAUAGUAAUAAUAAAUUAUGCCGAUUGAGAAAUAAGAGAGAGAAAUGUAAAGUUUGAAGCGACCUGCUUCAAAGAGAAAAUCACACAUCUCAAACUGCAAAAUACUGUGGUUUGGAAAGAAUGUAUUUCCCAUACCAGAAAUGUUUCUUCCUGGAAAGAAGAUAUAAGGAGGGCAAUGAGUUAUCUACAUAAUAAAUUGUGCCAUUAUUUCUCAUUUGAAAGUAUUUUGUCACUGCACAAUGUAUUUUUGUAAUAUGCCCUGUGGAAAAGUAGCAGGAGAUAACAUUUCUUAAUCUUUAUGAUUAUCUUCAGCAACUCUGCAUUGGCACAAAUUGUGCAGACUUAAACACCGUGCUGUGCUUAGGUACAAAUUGGGAAAUAUUUUUGCAUAUCAGUGAUGUAAGCAGGGAGUGUAUGGGAAGCUACCACACAUGAAUAUCUCGUUUUUCAGGUGAAAUUGAUACUGAAUGCAAUUCCUAGUUUUAAGCAUGGCGAUAGGAUUUUUCCAUUGUAAUAGCUGAGAAUUGCUGCUGUUUUAAGAAGGCACUAGAGAUUGCUCUUAAGCGUAUUACAAAUAAUUAGAACAAUGAGAUGCAGUAGAGGGAAUAUUGGAUUUAAAGAUGGAAUCCCAGCUGAACCUAUGGACUAUGCUUUCUCAAUGUUCAUCCAUCUCCCAUCAUGUUUAUGAGGAUGGUUGAGACCAGGAUUGUGAAAAAAACAAAUCUGGAAAUGUAAACAUACGGUAAGUAUAAAGUAGAACAGAACACUUAAAAAGAAAGCAUUGUGAAAUCCCUCUUAAUUGUAAUGUUAGUUCAUAUAAAGCUUUUGUAAUUUUAACAUUAUUCGUAUUUAGCCUUGAAAUCCAGUUUUGGAUUGAGGGUGCUUUAUACAUUUUUAAACUAAAUGCAACACCGAAACCUCAUUACUGAAGAGCAGCAAAGGGACAGUAGAGUAGAAAACAUUAGAUAAGAGGGUGAGAAGUCAGAUCACCUACGAGAAUGGAAGGGUUUGUGAAGAGAAAGCCCUCUCCUGCUCGUCUCUCCCCCACCCCAGUUGUUCAGCCCCUUUGCAAGCUGCCUUCAAGUACUUCUGCGACCUUAUUCAAUCUGGUUAACUUCCCAUGUUACUGUUUCCAAACCUAACCCUGCGGAAAGCCAUUUAAUUAGGCUUUAAUUUGAUUUUGACCUGUUUUUAGGAGGUAAUUUAAUUAUUGUUCGAUUUUAUACCAGUGUUAUAUAUCUGAUGUUAGCCGCCCUGAGCCCAACUUCGGCUGGGGAGGGUGGGAUAUAAAUAAAAGUUGUUUUUUUAUUAUUAUUAUUACUAUUACUAUUAUUACUAUGUAGGUGGGGUUGUAGUCAUGGCGCCAGUUCCCACAGCCUUCCUCCGAGCGUGGGGCUGAGCAAGGUAGGCUCACUUGGGCUGGGAGGAACUUUGCUGGCCAACUUCCUGCUCCACAGCAACCUAAGAUGAGAAUUGU